AGCAAAUCGGGGGCUUCUUUUGUUGAAACAUGGUCAUACAGAUUGUUUUUUAAAAGGAUUUGUGUCGUACAUUGUUCGUCGACAAAAAAUUUUGCAAUUGAAAACAAGUGUAAUUUUCUUGUCGAAUCCUUGCAUCUAGUUAUAUUCUCAUUAUAUCAGGCCAACUUGUAAAGUUUUGUUGCCAAUGAAUUUGAAAAAACAAUCGUCGAUUGCCUGUUCGACAUUUCUGUUCGCUAUCAUUUUCGCCGUUAUAAUAAGGGCAUCCCAUGAAGAGUCAAUCCCUCGACCGGCGCCGGAAAAAGGCAAAAAUGUUUGCGCCUUUGAAAGAACAAGACCACAGUUAGUGCUACGGAGAAAUGCCACCACUGAAAAAAAAGUUAAGGUUGUCGAUUGUGGAAUUUUUUCUUUCCCUAAACUCCAAUGUAAAGAAGAAAGUACCGAAACCAAGAUUUACUGGUACCCAGUUCGCAAAAUUAUUCAUUAUAACAUUUACGAUUGUUGUCCGGGGUGGAUUGGAUACGAACCCAAAGUGGGAUGCAAGGAGCGUGUCCCUUGUGGUGUCGCUAUCCCCCAAAAGGUUCCACUCCACUGCCACGAGAGCAGAGGAAAAGACAUUGAAAAACACCGAGGACUCUACAAACUGGGCCACGUGAAAAACCUUCCAUUCCCCAUGAGUGACAUUAAUGCAUAUCUCUUGAUAAAUCUUACACUAUCGGACCCCUUCACAGAAACGUGGAUGAAGCUAUAUGGUUACAUGUUGAAGAAAAAUCUAGCGCUCAUCCAGAAUUUUAGGAAAACGAAUAAAGAAGAAUUCACCAAGAUCUCUGACUAUGAACAAGUUUAUCACUUCUUUCUCAAGCAACAACAAAGUGAAGAAAUGGUUCGCCCGUUUUUCCGAUUUCCCUCUCAAGAGGAACUUUUUAAAAGCGUCGUCAACAAUGUCACGUGGCGACAAGACCGGGUGUUUACUGAACAGCGGUUAGCCGGCCUCAAUCCUAUGUCACUUAUGAAAGUUACCGCUGGUCAAGAUCCCAUUGGAGUCAAAUGGUCUGAUCUUGAAAAACGUUUGAAUCCAAACUACGACUGGGAUGCCGCGCUCUCGAGAAGCCUGGAAACAAACACCUUGAUACAAGACACAAUCGCCGAUGGAUCUUUAUUUGUUGUGCAGUACCCGGCCUUUGACAACCUCUCUACCGUGCCAGACAUCACAGAGCCCAGUCCCACGCGGAAAAUGUGGCCCGCAAUGUCUCCCAUAGCAUUGUUUGUCUCGCGUCCAGGGGGGAAAGGUAGACCUGCACAGUUGCAACCAGUGGCUAUCCAGGUUGAUUCUACAUCAGGCUCACCAGUCUAUUCUCCCGAAGAUGGUGACCUGUGGGCUCUUGCCAAAGCGGGCUUUCAAGUCACAGAUUUUGCUUAUGUGGAGAUGGUGGAACAUUUACUAAAAACCCACCUCAUGAUGGAGCCAUUUUGUGUGUGCAUACUGAGAUACCUAUCAACACUGCACCCCUUGCACCAGCUACUGAAAUAUCACUGUAGAGGCUUAUUACCCACUAACAAAGUGGGAUUUCCUAAACUAGUUGACGAUCAAGCAUACAUGCAUCAGUUGUUUGCUAUUGGUAAUACUGGUUCUGUAACUCUAUUGGUGCGUGCAUUUCAGACCUUGACUUGGGCCGAUACUGACUUCCGAGCCAAGAAUAAGGCCCGUGGCAUCGAUGACCGAAGAAAAUUGCCAUAUUUCCCAUACAGAGACGACGGAGAAUUGAUUUAUAAAGCCAUGGAAGAUCUAGUCAAGGACUACGUCAAUUUUUAUUACCACGCUGACAGCGAUGUACUGAAGGAUCACGAAGUUCAAGGUCUCGCCAACGAGAUGUCAUCUGAGGGAGUGGGGAAAGACGGCGGUAAAGGAAAGCUUCGCGGUUUUCCAGCUCAGAUAGCCACCAAAGCACUACUGGUCGACAUUGUUACGCGCCUCAUCUGGACCUCAACCGCUCAACAUACCGCUGUCAAUUAUCCAAUCUCGGCGUACGGAGCAUUCACGCCAAACAUGCCCACGAAGAUGUACGACGACGAACGAGUGCCCGAUGACAAAUUUAAUACUUUACGAUUGCCGAAUAGUUAUGUUUCAGCAGUUCAAGCCGGAGUUGCAAUGAGCUUGGGUUCUCUUCGUAUCGACCGCCUGUUCGACUACGGAGGCAAACUCCCGGAGCAAGGAGGCAGAGUAAUUGUCCAAAAACACUACAACCGACUUCACUCCGCGGUCAAACCCCUCCUGGACAAGAGAAAUAAAGAACGAUUUCGAGAGGGAUACCUCACAUAUCCUUAUCUGAGUCCAGCAUGGAUACCAAACAGCAUUUGCACUUAAAUCAAAUUAAUAUUUCCCAAAAGAUUUAUUUAUUUCGAAUUCCUAUGGGGAUUUACGUGUGUGGUACAUAAGAAAUUUGACAUCGAUCCCCGAAACCAUGCUUUGAACAAGUGUCCAGGAUUUGAAAAGAAAAUUAUUUUGUUUGCUGGUGGAUGAACCUAUGCAAUUUCACUUUUGUCGGGAGCAAAAUUAACCCAGACUGUGAUGUGAGAGAAUCUGUUGCAGUUGGAAAGAGCUACAUAACAAUGCCUCGGUUGUUUCAAAUAAUAAUUUACCGGGAAAGACAAACACGAAGGGCUUAGAAUGAACCCAAAAUAAGAUAUUGAAACAGAAUCCGUAGAGAAGAAAAUUAAAUCUUCAGACAAAAUAUUCCAGUUUAAAUGAUAGUAGAUGGAAGUUCUCUCCUAACAAUUACAAAACGUCUCAAUAGCUCAGAGAUUUCGUA